AUGGAUCAGGCCUUGAAGUCUGCCGACACCAUCAAUGCGGUUUUCAAACGUUUAGGUGUGCCCUGUACGGUCCACGUGGAUGAUCGAAAUGGUAAGUAUGUAACCGCGACAUCAGAUCUUUCAGAGGGAACAGCACUUGUCGAGGAGUUGCCCAUCGUAUCGUGGCCUACAGCUGCUGGGCGCGCCAACUGCACGAGUGGCUUUUGCUUUCACUGUUUAUGCCAGCACCGAGCCGGGGAGGGCACCUCGAUCCCGGAGGACGCAGAGGCUCCGUCAGCUUGCCUCAGGUGGAGCCGAUGUGGGGCGUGUGGGUCGGAUUUCUGCGGGAGUGCGUGCCGCAAGGCGAGCGACCGCGUCCACACGCUGCUGUGUAAUGCUCUCGACGCCUUGCGCUCGCCUUUGCCGCAUUCUCUGGAUCACGUCUCUCCCUCUCUUUCUUCUCCGCCCGACUCUUCCCCUUCCACUAGGGGUGCUGAGCAGGUGGAGCAGCCCAUUACGAAAGAGGCGCUCGCCCGCUGUGUGGCCUGGGUCCUCGCACGUGUCGCGGCCAUCAUCGAGCAGCAGGAGCUCGUGCACAAUGUCCUGCAGGCGGACUAUGUUGCCUAUCACGAUAGCACCCCACAUAGUCUCGUGCGCCAACUCUUUGUGCAGGCCGUGGAGCCCUUCAAUCGGUUGAUAGCGACUCCUGAUGAGACUAAGUUUGUCGGUGUGGACAUGGAGGAGUGGAUCGAAGCUGUACGGUGUGCUCUGAGGGAACGCGGCCGUUCCAUGCUGCUGCGCUCUGCAGGUUGCUCCACUCCUCAUCACCCAAGUGCACCUCCUGCAUCGCAUGCCUCCGGUGCCGACGGCCAGGAGAGUGGGCGGGGGUGGUGGGCGGAUGCCCUUCUCGAUGGUUUACUCAGUGUGUGUACACUACGCACUUUAUUGGGCCAACUCACACUCAACGCCCACGCUAUCAACGAUUAUGUCAUCUGCUCUGACGUUGGGAGCGGGAUUAACAGCAUAAGUGGGCAGCACACCGAGGUGGUGCAGCAACCCGCGGCGUCCCUGUCGUCGGUCUCUCCGCCUCCUCGCCCUAUUUUUCGCUGGUUUGUCAAGGGUGCCGCGGUGUAUGCACUACUUUCUUGCGUUAAUCACUCGUGCGACCCGAAUGCCGCCGUGUAUAGUUUGGGGGACAAUACUCACGAGAUUGUCCUCAAGACAACUCGAGCGAUUACACGUGGUGAGAGCAUUUGCAUCACAUAUAUCCCAUUGCACGACAGAGUGAGUGGGAAGAGAUUAUCGUGUGCAGAACGGCGGAAGAUGCUGGAGGGGUACUUCUUUACCUGCCAAUGCACCCGCUGCGCGGCGGAAGAAGCAUAG